CAAUGGACGGGACACAACCAGUAUAUUUAUGUUAUAUAUUUAUGUUAUAUUUAAGAGCUAGGUUAUAUUUUUGGCUCCGCCGUUGAACAGCAGACAUCAUGGAGGGGAGGGAGCCAUCCGCGGCGGAGCAACCUGAAUUUGUUAGCCGGAAGGAGAAGCGAAAGGCACUGAAGAAGGACAAGAGGAAGCAAAUAAGGAAGGAGUUAGCAGAGAAAGCUCGCGCUGAGGAGGAAGCUCGGAUCAAUGAUCCCGAAGAGCAACGAAGGAUUCAGGUGGAGGAGGAGAGGGAGAAAGAAAGGUUAGAGAGGGAUAGAAAGGAGUUCGAGGAGAGAGAGAGGAUUUUUCUUGAAGAAUUACAAAGGAAGAAGAUGGAAGAGGAAGAAGAAGAGCGAAGGAAUGUUGUUGAAAGAGAAUUAAAGCUAAAACAGGAAGGAGUAGAGGAAGGUUCAAAUGAAGACGAUGAAUGGGAAUAUGUAGAGGAGGGGCCUCCUGAAAUCAUUUGGCAAGGAAAUGAGAUAAUAGUUAAAAAGAAUAAAGUCAGGGUGAAAAAGAAAGACGCCAAUCAACAUACCGAAAAAGAAGAUCCUAAUAGACCUACAUCAAAUCCACUUCCUCCACAAUCUGAAGCCUAUGAUGCUUACAAGAAUGCGCCCAUGACGUCAGUAGAGUUGUUGGACUCUGUUGCCCAGCAGGUUCCAAACUUUGGAACAGAACAGGAUAAAUCUCAUUGUCCGUUUCACAUAAAAACUGGAGCAUGUAGAUUUGGUUUGCGUUGCAACAGAGUUCAUUACUACCCUGAUAAAUCUAGCACAUUGCUUAUCAAGAAUAUGUACAAUGGACCUGGCCUUGCUUGGGAGCAGGAUGAGGGACUUGAGUAUACAGAAGAAGAGGUCGAGCACAGUUAUGAAGAAUUUUAUGAGGAUGUGCAUACAGAGUUUUUGAAGUUCGGGGAAAUUAUAAAUUUUAAGGUGUGCAGAAAUGGUUCUUUCCAUUUACGAGGAAAUGUAUAUGUCAACUAUAAGUCGCUGGAUUCAGCUGUGAUGGCUCAUAAUUCUGUGCAUGGUCGUUAUUUUGCAGGCAAACAGGUUAAAUGUGAGUUUGUUAGCUUAACGAAAUGGAAGGUUGCCAUAUGCGGGGAGUACAUGAAAUCAAGGCUUAAGACGUGUUCCAGAGGGUCUGCUUGCAACUUCUUACACUGCUUUAGCAACCCUGGUGGAGACUAUGAAUGGGCUGAUUGUGAUAAACCGCCCCCAAGAUAUUGGGCGAAAAAGAUGACUGCUUUAUUCGGUUAUUCGGAUGACUCUUGGCAUGCCAAACAGAAAGAGCAACCAAGUCCAAAGGAUAGCAAAAUAUUCACAUCCGAUAGAGACGGUUAUCACUCCAAAAGGCGUCGAUCUAUCCAAACAAAUCAACACGAUGGAGGUUCUGGUAGAAGCCGCCAUGAGGAAAAUCAUGCUCGAAAGAGCCGACACCAUGAACAGCAAAAAGACGAUAAAAGUUACGAAGAUGAGACGGAAUAUAAAAAAAAUCACCGUGGCAGUAGUAUUGCUGUGGAUACUGAUUCUGGUGGAGAUAGGAACACUCACAGGAGACAUCGUGACAUUUCCGAAAACAGGUCAAGGCACAAUUGGAGAGAUUAUGAUGGUAGAAGCAGUAGAACUCAUGGUAGUAGUUCUGAUGAAGAUUUGUACAUGGAAAGACGACAUGUUUACAAGAAACGAAGGUCACGACACCGAGAGAACAUCUCGGAAUCAUCUAACGAUGAUGGAGAAUCAGGCGGUGCAAAACACGAGCCACAAUGGCAACCAAGUUCUGACCCUAGUGAAACCGAGUUGCAAAAACAUAAAGAACGUAAAACUAAUUCCGCUAGAUAUCAUCGAAGAUCAAGAAGACACGAUGACAAGGUGGACCAUCGACAAUCCCAGAACAAGCAAAAGAGGCGCCACAGAAAAUCUGCUAGUCUGCACCGAUACGAGAGGAGUAGAUCACGGGAUAGCGGGUAUCUCUCGGACAAAGACAACGAUAGGAGUGAGCGUUGGGAUCCCGACGGUUCUCCCAAUGAACAUGGUGAACAUAGGAGUAAUAAGGUUGACUAUGAGAAAUCUGAAGAUCGGGAAACACGUUCAGGCAGCUUGGAAGAAGAGUCGAAAAGCCGGCAAAUUCGUGAUCGGAAGAGAAUUUGAGAAGCAGUCGUUGGUUAGAUAAUCGACUUAAGGUGUACAGUUUAUUAGAAUAUAUUAGAUCUAGAUUGAAAUCAAACUAUCAACAUGUUGGAAACAAAAAGAGACGAUGCAAAUAAGUACUUAGAAGAAUAGCUGAAUUUGAACAUUGAUUAAAUCUCCAUAUAUGUCGAUGUCAAUGGAUCAAUGAAAGAUACGGGUUUGAAACCGGAAAAAAAACACCUAAAUCAGUUUUACCCUGCUAAAAUUUUACG